AUAUUCCUGACAUUGGCUUUAUUUUUGGCAGUUGUUGCCGCACGGCCACAAGAAGUCAUACCAAUUCUUAGGCAGGAGCAAGAAGUAAAUUUUGAUGGUUCCUACAAGUAUUCAUAUGAAACUGGUAAUGGAAUUAUAGCCGAAGAACAGGGUUAUCUGAAAAAUCCUGGCAGCAAUGCAGAAGCACAGGUUGCCGAAGGUUUCUUCUCCUAUACAGCACCUGAUGGCACUCCCAUUCGUAUUACAUAUGCAGCCGAUGAGAAUGGUUUUGUUCCACAGGGUGAUCAUAUUCCCACACCACCACCAAUUCCAGAGGCCAUACAAAAGGCUUUGGCCUAUUUAGCUACAGCUCCACCACCACCACAGGAACCCUCUUCGGGUGGCCGUAAUACAUUUGGACGAGGUUAAAUGCC